AUGACAAUCCCAAACUAUGAGCACUUCCACUGGUGUGAGACUAGCCCCGGUCGAUGGGAGCGCGACAUAGACGAGGCCGAACAGUUCUAUACUACGAUGGCCAGAGUCUACGAGGGAAGCGGUCGCGUGUUCUUCGCCAUGACAGGCCACCUUUCACUGUCUGUUCGCGUCGAGAAAGAUUCAUCUCGUCGCGAGACUCAGGACCGGGUUCACAGUGCACUUCGAAGAGCAUGGCUGCAGCUGCGAUAUGAUCAUCCGACCAUCGCGUCUUGGACUGAGUUCGAAACUGUCAGUCAGAAAUGCAAGAAAGUCUAUCAGGAAUUUAGCUCGAAUCUCACGAAAGAAGUUUGGCUGGAUUAUACCCUGCAGGUAGUCUCGACCGGAGUGACGGGGCAGGAGUGGUGUAAUCAAGACCCUCCAGUUCCCAAAAUGCCUACUAUCUUUAUGGUCAUUCCGACCGUUAACCCAAGUCAAGAGGAUAGUUUCUUUCGCUGCGAUCUGGUCCUCCGAUGUCAUCAUGACAUUAUCGAUGGAAUCGGGACGCUGCAUUUGCUGGAUAAUUUGAUCAAGAACGCGACCGAUUCUUACGACCGGCUUUCGGCCCCCAGUAACCUGGCAUUUGGCCAUGAGUCGAAGAACCUAAGUCCUCCGCUACGUGUGGCUGCUUCUAUUCCAAUUUCUCUGUCGUCCGAACAGAAAGUGCAGUGCGACAAACUUGCGGCGUAUAAUGGCUCGCUGCGGUCUGGUGUCAACAUAGCUGCGUUGCCAUUCACACGCGGCGCAAAAACACCUGGAAAGCAUCAGCGUGUGGCCUUGACGCUGUCGGAGAAGCAGACGCAGGAAAUUCUGGCAGCUUGUAAGAAGAUGGGGGUUAGCGUUACUCAUGCAUACCAUGCGGGGAUUGCGAUGAUUGUUCGCGAUUUGCAAGCGCGAUCUGAAGCAGAGAGAGUCGUGCGGUAUAUCAAUUACUGUCUCAUCAACGAGCGAAGCCAUUGCAAACCGCCAUACAACACACCAAGCCACGCGGCCUCGGUCUAUCACUCCGUCUCCGGUCGCAGCUUGAUUGUGGACAUGAGUGUUCCCGCGAUCGGCGAUAAAAGUGAUGCCAGAUCACAAUCUCAAGAGACAUCUGAGUUCAAGCGUGUGGCAUCUGAGAUCAAACAGCACUAUCUGGACAUCCGCGACGACACCGGCCAUGUCCCAAAAGCCCCUCAUUACUGGGCAAAGGGCACUCCGUCAUAUCCGGACCCGGAUGAAUACCCAGUCCCUCCAGUCCCUGGGCCAAAUGAAUCACCGUCGGUGUCAAUCUCAAGCAUGGGAGUCAUUGAUAAGAUCAUUAGUCCAACUCGCGGUGUGUUUCAGCUAAGCGAUCCUUGGGUCACUGGAGAAGAGCUGGGAACUGGACUUGGUGUUUUCCUGGGCACUUUUAGAGGCCAAUUGGCGUUGAGUGCGGCAUACAAUGAUGCGUGGCAUGAUAGAGAAGAAGCUAUGGAUUUCUUGACUCGAUGUAACGAGGUCGUUUGCAGGGGGCUCGGAUUGUGA